AUGUCCGGUAGCAACAGCGCCUCGCGCAACAACAUCCUGCGCGACUUCACCAGCCUGACCGGCCUUCCCCAAGCUCGGUGCACAGAAUACCUCGAGGCUGCCAACUGGGACAUUGGCCUUGCUGCCCAGGCAUACUACGCCGACCAAGACUCUGACAAUGAUGUUGAGCCUGUUGCUCAAUCAUCUGCUCAACCCGCCGCUCCUGCUCCCGAAGCCUACACCGGCCCCCGAACCCUCGAUGGUCGCCCCGCGCCCGGCGCUGCCACUGCCAGAGCUUCUGCCCCCAAGUCGGCUCCCAAGAAGAAGGGUCUUGCCACACUGAGCUCUCUCGGCGGCGGUGGUCAUGCGCACGACGAUGACGAUGACGAGGACGACGAGGAUGACGACGAUAGAGGCCGUGGUGAUCUGUUUGCCGGAGGCGAGAAGUCUGGACUGGCUGUGCAAGAUCCCUCACAGGAGGGCGGUGGUGCGAAGAAGAUCAUCAGCGACAUUCUCGCCAAGGCCAAGGCUAACGCGUCUCGGCCGGAGAGUGCGUCGCCAGCUGGACCGUCUCGCGCCACCUUCAGAGGUACCGGCCAGACCCUCGGCGGCGAGGGCGUCGAGAGUCGCAGCAUCCCCGACCCCAACGCUUUCCAAGAGGGCUCCGACGGCCCGCCCGCUCAGACUGGCGAGCCCCAGGAACGCACCCUUCACCUCUGGCAGGAUGGCUUCAGUAUUGAUGACGGCGAGCUCCACCGCUUCGAUGACCCCGAGAACGCGAUGGACCUGAACAUGAUCCGCGCCGGCAGAGCACCCCUGCACCUCAUGAACGUUCGCUAUGACCAGCCGGUAGACGUCAAGCUCCACCAGCACGCGGAGAACUACCACCCUCUGCCCAAGAAGUACAAGCCCUUCGGCGGCGAGGGUCGUCGCCUCGGCAGCCCCGUCCCUGGCGAGGGCAGCUCCUCUGCCUCUGCCUCUGCCGCGACCGCUUCCACCACCACGGCGUCUGCUUCUGCGUCCUCCGCCGCGGGCCCCCAGAGCACUGUCGACGAGUCGCAGCCUACUCUGACCCUGCGCAUCCAGCUCCCCAACGGCACGAGACUGCCUGCGCGCUUCAACACCACCAACACCGUGAACGAUGUCUACGAGUUCAUCCAGAACGCCUCCCCCGACACUCGCUCCAGAUCGUGGGUCCUUGCCACGACCUUCCCCAACAAGGACCACACCGAUCGCAGCUUGGUGCUGGGCGAGAUGCCCGAGUUCAAGAAGGGCGGUACUGCUGUCGUCAAGUGGGCUUAA